GGGGAGAAAAACGCCUCUCUCCCCCUCCUCAGCCAGCCCUUGCUGUGCAGAGCAGCUCCCGAAACCCCUCCCCUCUUCGCCUUCGCUCCCGCCACCUUUCCCUCCGGCUGCUCAUUCAGAAGAGACGAUGCUCCCCAUCGCACGCCCUCCUCUCCGCUCCCCCCCAGCCCUCUCCCAAGCCAUAGCCCACCGGGAGUCCGUUGGCGAGGGGGAGAGGGGGAGCCAGGAAAGGCAGGCUUUUGGGAGGCAAAAGUAGCUCUGCGGCGGAGGAGGGCGAGGGUUGGGAGCUCCCCGUGUCGGCUCCGCCAGCGAGGGACAUCAGGUCUACCCGGGGACAGGGGCGUGUGUGGUUCAACCUUCAGCGCCACGUCGAUGUUUUCUCCGAACAGGCAGAGGGAAGAAGGACGGGGCCAGCCCAGGGAUCCGAAGACGAGCCCCGCUCUCUGGUGAUGGCAUGGACCGGGCACUUUCCCAGCAGCUGUUUUACCUACCUCUCAGCCCUGUCACCCUCCAGCGUCCCCGAAGUGCCAAGGCACAAGACUGAUGCAGAGCCGCUCUUAGCCACCCAGCCAUGGCCGGAGAUUCUAGGAUCUUCAUGAACCAGGACAUGGACAUCGGAGUUACAUCCAGAGAGCCCAAGAAGAUUCCCAAACAGGCUCGGGAUGACGUCCCCAUCGCCACUGACCGAACCCGCCUCAUAUCAGCAGAAGGUAAGAAGCCACGUCAGCGUUACAUGGAGAAAAGUGGCAAGUGCAACGUGCACCACGGAAAUGUCCAAGAAACCUAUCGAUACCUUAGUGACCUCUUCACUACGCUGGUGGACCUCAAGUGGCGUUUUAAUCUUCUUGUCUUCACUAUGGUCUAUACCAUCACUUGGUUGUUUUUUGGGUUCAUAUGGUGGCUCAUUGCCUAUAUCCGGGGAGACCUGGACCAUCUUGAAGAUGAGAACUGGAUCCCCUGUGUUGAAAAUCUCAGUGGAUUUGUGUCUGCGUUUCUGUUUUCUAUCGAGACUGAGACAACGAUUGGGUAUGGCUAUCGGGUCAUAACGGAGAAGUGCCCAGAGGGCAUCGUACUGCUCCUCAUCCAGGCUAUUCUGGGCUCCAUCGUCAACGCGUUCAUGGUGGGAUGCAUGUUUGUCAAGAUCAGCCAACCAAAGAAGAGGGCCGAAACCCUCAUGUUUUCUAACAAUGCCGUGAUUUCCAUGAGGGAUGAGAAGCUCUGUCUCAUGUUCCGGGUUGGAGACCUCCGCAAUUCCCACAUUGUUGAGGCUUCCAUUAGAGCCAAACUGAUUAAGUCCAAACAGACCAAAGAAGGAGAGUUUAUCCCCUUGAACCAAACGGACAUCAACGUGGGAUUUGACACCGGAGAUGACAGAUUGUUCCUGGUGUCACCUCUCAUCAUCUCACAUGAAAUCAAUGAGAAAAGCCCUUUCUGGGAGAUGUCCCGCACCCAGCUGGAGAAGGAGGAGUUUGAAAUUGUGGUCAUCCUGGAAGGAAUGGUGGAAGCAACAGGGAUGACUUGCCAGGCCCGCAGCUCCUACAUGGACACCGAGGUGCUGUGGGGACAUCGCUUCACCCCCGUCCUCACCCUGGAGAAGGAUUUUUACGAGGUCGACUACAACAGCUUCCACAGCACCUACGAGACCAACACACCCGUGUGCUGUGCCAAGGAGCUGGCUGAGUCUCGCCGGGAGGGCCAGCUCCUCAGCCACCUCCCCAGUGCCACCCUCCUGAGCCCCGGCAGAGAGGCAGAGACAGCAAAAGGGGAGGAAGAGGAAGAAGAAGAGGAAGAAGGCAAGGAGCCAGCGGGGUUGAACGGAGCCAACGGGACAGCAGGAGAGGUGAAGGAAGACAUCCCUGUAUAACCCACCAACCGCUGGACCAUAGAUUCCUACAUACACUUACUGGGAGACUGUGACAAAUCGGGGACUGACUGGGAGUCAGAGAGCUGAGAUUUACCUCCAGAUCUCUGCUGCCUGCUGCUCCAUCCCGGCCAGUCACCACACAGCACCCGUGCCUCAGUUUCCCUCCCCUUUUACCUGUACAGCAAGGUUCCGAGCUCUUGCAAAGCGUUUUCAUCUCUGUGGACAAGGCUCACUACAUAUGAUCACUGUUAAAACUGAAAUUCCUACCACUGGUUGUUUCAUUGGACGUUCAGAACUCUUCCCCCCUUGAGAGGGUAUUUAAAAGGUAAAAGUCCAGAAUGUCCCAUCUCAGUAUGAAGAAUGUGGUUUCAUACCUUCACUUACUUUGUGAGUCAAUGUAUUGUAGACAUUGUUACUGCUAAAUUAAAAGAAGAGGUAAAAAAAAAACAAAAACCCUCUCUGGUAUGUAGUGAAGUGUUUUGCCUUCAUGAGUUUUACAAAUAGAUUUGAGCGUUUUCCUCCAGAAUCACAAAAUGUCUGAUAUUAACAGGACAACUUUCCCUGCAAACCUUUAGCAUGUUUAUCCACUAUUCUUCACUUUCUUCUCCAACUGAAGUGCUCUCUCUUUGUGUACUCGUUUCAUGAACAUUCUGACACAUUCUGAGGCUGUCCAUGGUCAGAGAAAGUUUAGAUCUUGCCCCAGUGAAGGUUUUUUCCUGGCCUGGGUGUCCCAGUUUCAAUUCCAGUUGAUGAUUUAUAACAAAUUAAGGGAGUAGGUAGACUGGGUAAGUAAUGGUUUGCAAAAUUCUCUGCUCUUCUGUAAAGUAUGUAUUUAAAAUAAAGGUUUUGAUGCUGAUGUCCCUAUAGCUUAUGGGACCAGGCACUGACAUAACUGGAACCAUCUGGUCAGGCUGGUGUAGGCACAUGAGCUGGGGUCCAAAAUCAGGAUCAGUUCCCCACUGCUGUCAGUGACAAGCAAUAAUAUCUCUUGGAGGUCUAAUACUUGAUUUUUUGGGGGUAUGCUUUGUCCUGCAGCUCAGUUAAGGUUGUUGUUCCCGUGAAGCACCAAAUUCAGUUUACAAUUUCAGUCUCUCCAAAGAGGUAACCAUAGAACCAUUCUUCCCCAAAGAAAAAGGUCCAGAAAAAGGACCUUCAGGUCUGCAAAAAGGGUGAAGAAAACUAGUCUGUGGGAUGAAAAAUGUCCAGAAAUUUGAACAACACAGACAAAAAAAAUUCCCUUCUUGGGGAAAAUCUCCCCCAA